AUGAAUAUGGAUCUUAGACUGAUUGUGCGUCUGUUGCUGGCCAUUCUAUUGACUUCCUUGGCAACUACCAUUUUAAUGGGCAAGCAGAUACACAGAAGACUAGUGGAGUCCAUGGUCAGCACAAUCGGCGAAAAGUAUAAUUCGCCAGCAAGGCAGCUUCUAAAAAGGGAGAUCGCGGAUUUCCCACCCCCACUAACACUGAACCAAACUGAACUGGACAUCUUAAAGACCCAGCGAAACAAUAGUUUCCGCCUGCCCCAGCAAGAAGCUAUUAAGGAGUGGCAGGAAGCGAUAUCCUUUAAAGAGGAUAGAAGCCGCACGGGAUUGGGUGAGCGGGGAAGAGCAGUUCAGUUACCAAACGCUAAAGUAAGCCUCGAUGAGCUCCAAGACUUCUAUGCCCAGAUCUCCGAUCGCAUUUCCCUGAACAGAUCUUUGCCGGAUACCAGACCUAUAAGUUGCCGGAAACGCCAGUAUCUGGAGAACCUACCCAAUGUGACAGUGAUAAUGGUAUUUCACGAUGAACAUCUCAGCGUUUUGCUAAGAUCUAUAACGAGCAUUAUAAAUCGCUCUCCUGUUGAUUUACUCAAGCAGAUUGUCCUCGUUGAUGACGAUAGUAACUUGCCGGAAUUAGGACAACAACUUGAAGAGAUUGUGGCUCAAAGCUUUCCCAAAAUCAUCCAGAUCCUAAGGCUUCCAGAACGACGUGGCUCCAUCAAAGCAAGUAUGGAGGCGAUUAAGGUGUCCAGCUGCCAAGUUUUGGUCUUUCUAGACUCUCACAUCGAAGUCAACAGCAAUUGGUUGCCUCCCCUGCUGGAACCUAUAGUUAUAAACCCACAUAUAGUAACCGGUCCCAUAUUAGAUGUCAUCUCACGCAAGACAUUUGCUUAUACCAAACAAAAUACGAUGACUCGUUCCGGUUUCAAUUGGUGGCUUGAGACUGAGAGAUUACCCAUUUUUCCCGAGGAUAGGAGUUCUGAUUCCACACCCUACCGUACACCGGUUUUACCAGGAGCAGCUAUGGCGAUUGACAGGAACUACUUCCUAAAUCUGGGGGGAUUUGAUGAGCAGCUGGACACCUGGGAAGCGGAGAAGUUCGAGAUAAGUUUCAAGGUCUGGAUGUGUGGUGGAAUGAUGCUGUAUGUUCCUUGCGCCCGUGUGGGUCACAUACGUAAAAGACCCAUGAAAUCGAUUAGUAGUCCAGGGUACUACCGUUUCCUGGCCAGGAACUACAAGCGAGUAGCUGAAGUUUGGAUGGAUAAUUACAAGAAGUAUGUGUACGACAAGAACCCGAAGCUCUAUAAGACGGCGAAUGCUGGUUUUCUUUUCCAAAGGAAAACCAAAAGAGAGGCUCUGGAGUGCAACAGCUUCGAUUGGUACAUGACCAAGGUGGCUCCGGAUUUUCUUAAAAGGUACCUAGCAUUGGAUUCGCCUUCGGUUUUCUCCGGGGUUAUUGAGAGUGUGGCAUUCCCUGGAUUCUGUGUGGACUCCCUGAAUCGUAGGCACACUAAGCCCGUGGUUUUAGCCCGGUGCACUGGGCAUAGUUCAAAGCCCGGCGAGCAUCAGAACUGGUCCUUAACGCAGGAUCAUGAGAUUCGACUGGGGAACAGCAAAGAUGAUUGCUUGGAAGCGCAGGGCCGAAGGUCAAAGUCCGUGUGGCUCUUUCGCUGCCACGAAAACGGUGGGAAUCAGUACUGGUUCUACAAUCACCGUCAUCGGUGGAUCCAACAGGGCCAACUAUGGGUGUGGUGCCUGGAAGCCCAGCUGGCCCGUGGUCAAAAGGUUGGCAAGGUUCUGGCCAAUAAAAUCUGCGAUAAAAGCCAACUGAAACAGCAAUGGAAAGUUGGCCGAAACGCGCCAUAUGAUCCACAAAGGGAGCCUAAUUAAAAUUUA